CUGGUUCCCCGCUGCUUGGCUGCUGCUCCCCCUGCCUGCCCCGCGGUGCCCGGCGGGCUGAGCCGGACUCUGCCUUGCGUGCUGGCAUCGCAGUCCGGGCGGGCGGGCGCGGAGUUCUUGCUGCUGCCGCUGCCGCUGCCGCGGCGCCUCCGGCUCCCGGAGGGGCGCGUGAGGGGAAACCAGGUCACCCGCGCCGCCGCCGCCGAGACAGACAAACCGGCUUGGGAAGUGGCAAGUGGGGCUGGCUCAGGUGUCGGCGGCCGUCUCGGGAGGGGAAGGAGGAAGGGCUUCGGCGAGCAGCAGCAGCCUCCUUCUCCUCCUCCUCCUCCUCGCCCUUCUGGGAAGGAGCAGCUCCUCCUGCCCGGGAGAAAGCGGCGCGGCUGGGGCAACCACCCCCCUGGAUCCCGGCCGGCGGCUGCGGGCGCGCUUGCGAUGCUGAGGACAGAAGACCCGUGAUCUCUGUAUCUACACUUAGGUUUGAAACAGAUAUGGUUUCUGUCAUCCUCCUGCUGAAUCUUGUCUCUGGUUUACAGGCUCAUUCUAAGCAUGCAGCAGAUUCCAGAACUUGAGCUUUCUGAUCAAAGCAUGCUGUUGAUCCAACAUCAGAUAAAUUCACAGAGAGCUACUGUACCCCAAAUUGCUUUGCCUUCAGCAAUUAUCAGUUCAAACGGGUGAUCACUGACACCUUCCAAAGGUGACAGAUAGAACAUUGCAACGAAUGUUCCAACCUCAAGAAACAUUCAUGUUUCUGUGAAAGUCCCUGACUUUCAGUUGUUGACCACCCAGUCAACAACUGGAUGGCGAUUUUCAAGAUUGCCAAAAGAAUAACAGUACAAUAACAAGGUGAUACUGGCGAAACAGAGGAAUGAGAAUGACUACCUUUUGUUGAUUCCCAGCAGCAUGUCAGGGUACAUCCCCAGUUACUUAGACAAGGACGAGCUAUGUGUUGUGUGUGGUGACAAAGCCACUGGAUAUCACUAUCGCUGCAUCACUUGUGAAGGUUGCAAGGGUUUUUUCAGAAGAACUAUUCAGAAAAAUCUUCACCCAACCUACUCCUGUAAAUAUGAAGGAAAAUGUGUGAUAGACAAAGUCACAAGAAACCAGUGCCAGGAAUGUCGCUUCAAGAAAUGCAUCUAUGUUGGCAUGGCAACAGAUUUGGUGUUGGAUGACAGCAAGCGGCUAGCAAAAAGAAAACUCAUAGAGGAAAAUCGAGAGAAGAGACGUCGGGAAGAGUUGCAGAAAACAAUUGGGCUGAAACCUGAGCCAACGGAUGAAGAGUGGGAGCUUAUCAAAAUUGUUACUGAAGCACACGUGGCCACUAAUGCACAAGGAAGCCACUGGAAACAGAAAAGGAAAUUUCUGCCAGAAGACAUUGGACAAGCACCAAUAGUAAAUGCCCCAGAAGGCGGGAAAGUAGAUUUAGAAGCCUUCAGCCAGUUUACAAAAAUCAUCACACCAGCAAUCACAAGAGUGGUGGAUUUUGCCAAAAAGUUGCCUAUGUUCUGUGAGCUGCCAUGUGAAGACCAGAUAAUCCUUCUGAAAGGCUGUUGCAUGGAGAUCAUGUCGCUCAGAGCAGCAGUACGCUAUGACCCUGAGAGUGAGACUUUAACACUAAAUGGUGAGAUGGCGGUCACAAGGGGCCAACUGAAAAAUGGAGGUCUUGGUGUAGUAUCAGAUGCCAUUUUUGAUCUGGGCAUGUCACUGUCUUCAUUCAACCUUGAUGACACGGAAGUCGCCCUCCUUCAGGCGGUUCUGCUCAUGUCUUCAGAUCGUCCGGGUCUCGUCAGCAUUGAGAGAAUAGAAAAGUGCCAGGAGGGUUUCCUCCUGGCGUUUGAACACUACAUUAAUUACAGAAAGCACCACAUUGCACAUUUUUGGCCAAAACUGCUGAUGAAAGUGACGGACCUACGAAUGAUCGGAGCCUGCCACGCUAGCCGCUUCCUGCACAUGAAGGUGGAAUGCCCAACAGAACUCUUUCCUCCUUUGUUCUUGGAAGUUUUUGAGGACUGAAAAGACUGGAGAGGUUCUCAACAUUCUUAUAGCACUACUGGGUAUCAUUUCAUUCCAUUGCCUAGUUUGUUUUCUUUUGUCCAUUCCCAUUUUGUUCCGUGUUGUUUUUGUUUGGAGGAUUAUAUUUUUAAUAGGCACGAAUGAAUAUGUCCCUUUGAUGCGGGUACUUGUGACGAUCGCUUUUUUUAAAAAAAAGUUUUGUCCUUCAGUCCUUUUUGAUGUGAAUCCUUUGAAAGUUUGACAUUGAGAAUACAAAGCAGUUUCAUUCACCAGCACUCAGGCAGUCACAAGCUCACGUUGACCAUUGCUGCUUGGAGAGAGAUGGGGAGAUAAGCUGAAGUGGCAGGAAAAUAGAUAGAUAAUCAAAUGUUUUAUAUUUUAAACUCUGCCAUAUUUUGUACAGUAUUAACUCGCUUUCAGGACAUGUACUUUUUUGCUAAGGUACUGGGCACACUUGAGCAAGUGUUAAUGAUGCGUGCCUAACUCAAGUCAAAAGCACUUAGCUGCACCUAAUGUUCACUUGCUGAUGUCCACCAUUCCUAGUAUUUAUUUGCCACCCUUAAGAAAAUGCAUCCUCAUAAAGCCAAAAUCUUCUAUCAUUGCCAUCAUUGCCAUAAUGGCAAUAUCACUUUGAAAUCAUCAUAGGUAUCUUAGAAAUCAAAAGGUUUGUACCUUUUAAAAUCAAAUCCUUUUCCAUACCUGCUAAGUGAAGUAACAAUAAUAUGAGUUCCUUAUUUCCUUCUAUUUUCCAUUUUAUUUUUGCUAGUCUAUGCACGAGGGAAGCCUACCAGAAUAAGAAUUGAAAUCCUGAUUCUGCAUUGCUCUAAAUCUAAAAAUCAGUCUGACAUAAGGAAAGUUGCCACAUUCAUCAUCUAAGCUUUUGGCAGUCCAGUGGCUUGGGCCUCAGUCUAUUGAUUUCACAUGCAUACAGAAGCUCUGAUCUGCACACUGCAAAUCCUGUCCCAUAAGGGCUACCUCAUCAGUUUUCAUGGAGGCAACAGACCCACAGGCACAUUCCCUUGUAGUGAAGGUCUGCAUAAGGUAGUCCAUGGAUGUACAAGCUCUUUGUGGAUUUCAAGUGACUUCCAGGUUUUUGGAUUGGCAAGUGAAAAAGAACAAGACUUCCUCUGAAUACUUACACAUCUGUGAACCUGGGAUGUCAUGCAAGAGAGGUGACCCCAAAUAGAAAUUAUGAUUUUUUUAACGUACCUUUUAGUCCGGCAUCUUGGGGCCCAUUCCCACAACCACUAUGAGCAACUGUUAUUCAUUUGUGAUGACUUUCUUGCCAUACUGAACUAGAAUAUUGUGAUGAAGAAAUGGUCAUCUGAAUGCUCCAUAGAGUCCAGAGAUAAUUUUCAGUAGUGAAAUAAAUUGGGAGUUUGGCCCAUGGAAUAAUUAGAUGACAAAUUUCCAUCUCUAGUGACAAAAAAAGUAACUGUAUAUGAAAAAAUAAGCUGUAGAAAUAAGUGUGAAUCAAACCCCCUUGCAGUGCUGCUUAAUCUGGUUUCCCCCUUCUUGAUACAGUUUUAUGCAAUUUGGGCUUAGUUGUCUUUAUUUUCUCUCUCUGAAAUCAGCCCACCCCCCGCUGAUGCUCUUAAAAAGAAAGUGAGCAGCAGCAAGAAAAACCACUGUUGAAUUAUCUUAGGCAGGAGUCAUGGCAACUAGAUGCUUGGGGAUACUCUAUAGUGAUGUCCAUAAGAUGGUAAUUUUUUUCAUGGCAUACAGUUCCUGAAACGUAUAACCUCUUUGCUACAAGUCAUUCCCAGUUUAGCGUGAUGCAUCAGAAAAGACCUUCUCUUUUUCAGAACUCAGAAUAUUCUCAAAAUAUAUGUUAGGAGUCCUUCCACUCCGUAUUGUGUAUUCACUUAUCAAUAAGUAAGAAUCACCUUUUCUAAGAAUCACCCUUUCUCUGUGAUCUGUGAUCACUCUUAAUGAUCAGGAUCCAAGAAACUAGUUCCAUGUAGUCAAGAGGACCUUGCAGUUGUUUCUUGAGCAGAAACCCCCAUAGUGAAGGUCUUUUGAAAUAGAUAGGAGUUUGAGGAGCAGCAUGUAUGAUGGCAUGAAAUAUUGUCCUAGGUGGGUAGAAAUCCACAGAUUGCAUGCAAACUCCUGAAUGCACCCAAGUAGGUAUUUGGGUUCUGGUUGAAAUCAGUCACUAAAAUUCUCUAUCCUGUUGUCCUUUCUAGAAAAUACUGUACUCAGGUAGACUUUCACUGUGGACAAAAUGAGAACUAGAAAGUUCUUUUCACCCAUGCUUCAUGCCAUCAGCAAAGAAAGUAUUUUGAAUACCAAAUGGUCAUCCACUCUCAGAUAACCAUGCUUGGAAGUGUGAUUUGCCCCUUCAUGUGGAGGGCAAUGAAGCCCAUGGCUACAAUCCUACCGAGCUGGUUGAUCUUAAUGGGCCUUACUGUGCUUAGCUCUGUUACAUUGUGGCCCAUUUAUUCAGUGAGAAAAAUGCCCUGGAACAUAGGAAGCUGCCAUCUACGGAGACAGACCAUUGGUCUAUCUAGCUCAGUACUGUCUACACAGAUUGGCAGUGGCUUUCCAAAGUUUCUGGCAUGCCAGCAAAUGCCAGAACAUGCCUGUGAAUUUUUCAAACUGAAUCAAUGGGGAGGGGUACUGCCUAAACCAGGAGUGGACAAACUUGGCCCUCCUGCUAUUGCUGAACUACAACUCCUAUCAUCAACAGCCAAGGGGGUUGUAGUUCAACAACAGCUGGAGGGCCAGGUUAGCCCACCCCUGGGCUAAACAAUAUUGUAGAAAUGGAGGCGCAUGUUGAUUUGCAUGUCUCCAAUUGCCAGGACAAAAGUCCAUACUUAAUUGCAUUUGCAGCCAACAUCCAUCAUUUUACAGUGGCAUAACUAAAAAAAUAAUGCGCAAAUCUAUUUAGCACAUGAGUUUCCUCCUCAAUCAACAGUUGUACUAAAGUAAGAAAAACAAGCACCAGAACUACUUCAGUAACUUGCCACAGAGCAGCAGGGGAGGCAGCGUAAAGCUAGUGGGCUCUAUUUGCCUUGUCAAGGGUGUUCCCCAGACAAGCUUUCCCUUUCCCAGACAAGCUUCCCCAGAAAGGCUAUUUCAUGGAUGAGGUGCUCUAUGGACCUGUAUAAUUGGAGGCGAGGGGAGCUCCUUGAAGGGCCAGAUUACAGACGCAUGGUAUUUGUAUGCCUUAUGCUGUCUGUUCCCCCAGACAAGCGGAAGAAAAUGAUACUCUUUUCUGAUACUUUUGGUUUCACUCACUUCUGGUAGGAAAGACAUAUGCAAAAUAGACUUUGACUUUUCACACAUUCUUUGACCAACUUUUUCUAUGUCAUUUUAAAAAUGGUUAUCCAAAAAUAUGAUUGGAUCAACUCAGGGAACUUUCAAAAGAUGAACAAAUGUAAAGUGUGCGUUUGACCAGCAAUUUGCCCUAGCAACUAUUAUAUGUCAAAUAUCUGCCUUUCUUGAUAUUGCUGACAAACAUAUAGGAACUGGCCUUUACUAAACUGGCUUACUUCUUUAGUAAGGAAAAAAGAAGUCUGAAAGUGCUGACAUACGAUUUUUGCAAAAUGUAUGGUGUAAUUGUCUGGCUGCAGCAUUUUUAAAUUAAAUGUGAAGACUCAAAGCCCUCAAUUCAAGAUAGAUGGAGCAUGUAUCUGUGUACAUGAAACAUGCACAUUUUAAUUUUGGACAAAAAGAAACAAAACUGGCAUGAGAUCAAAUGUGAUAAGAGCGCUAGGUCUGGAUACACCUCCAGAAGGUUGCAAGCCUCUUACUAUUUUUUCAGAAGUUUUUGAAUGUCUUCAGAGCUAGUACUAUAGACAUGACUUGAAGGUAAGUGCCAAAUUAUGUGGAACAUUGGAAAUCCAUGGUUUGAUCUCCCAUCUAUUUUAAUUUGUUCUAAAAGCAGGUUUGGAAGGUGGGCAUGUUGGAUUGGAGCUGUUAUGCCAUGAAAGGGAUUUAACACUGUCACCCAUGCCAACUCACCACCCACCAACUCUUUGCUCCAUUUGGGAAUACAUACAGAUAUUUAUGUGUUUUGUUUAAAGUGACAUCUAGCAGUUCAGAGUAUAAUUUAGACUGGGAAAAUGGCAUGGGGGAAAGGGUUAUAAAACAAAAACACCCUGUUCCCCAUUGUUGUGAGCUUAACCCAAUUUGCCCCUCUCCUACUGCGGCCUUUAAAAGAAAUAAAAAGGAGAUGGAAGAACUUAUCACAGAUCUCCAAUGUUUCAUCUGGUUUAGGCCAAAGAGUCUUUAUUGGAAUCAAGGCGGUUUCAUUUCUCCAAAGUAAAGGAAUGGUCAAAAUCCAGAAGCUUCAACUCAUGCAUAAUGCUCCAGAACUUCAUAGGCCUUCCCUUCUCCUGAGCAAGGAGACAUCUCCUCCUCUUCCCUUAUACGCUAUAAGAAAUCCCCUUGUUUCAUGUGGACGAAACCAGUUCACACACAGAGUUUGGGAUGGCACUUUGCAUGGAUUGAUUUAGAACCAGGCUGCUAUUGUCCAGCAUUACAGGAUAUUAGCCACUUAAUUUGUGUUAGUUUUUAGUACUGGCUAACAAAGAACUAAGACACCUUUGAGUAAAACAUGCACAACAAAAGUGUAAUGGGUGACAUUUGGUUAGCAAAGCAUGUGAUGCUCCACAGACACUAAGCCAUUGAAAUGUGUUACCAUUCAUCAUCAGUCACAACAUAAUAGCCAUAAUUCACUUCAGAAAGGUGUGAUUUAGCAAGAUGUGAGGAUAUAAAUUCUCAGUCACUCCAGAUUUACAUUUGAAACUCCACUGACUUUCAACGAUGUCCUUUAUUAUUUACACCACAGAAGGAGAGCAGAAUUGAGAUCUACAUUAGGAUCUGAUAGUUCAGAACUGAACAUAGUAAAUCCUGCAAGAUUUGCUACAUUAUAUCUAAGAUUUGGUCAGACUAUGGGCAACCUCUUGAGCAGCAGAUAUUGGAAUGGCUGCUCACAGUGGCAAGUACUACAUCCAGUAUUUUUUGUGUGCAGGAGUGGGUACUAUGGACUGAAUACAGCAGAUAUCAGUUUUUCAAAGUACAGUGUUCGUUCUGCUUCUUGGUGAUAUUGAUAUCACACUCGGUCCUCAAUUUUUCUUUCUGCUCUUGGUGUAUUAGCAAGUGGAGUGUUCUACAUAGGAUUUUUUUUUCCUAUUGAAAAAAAAUGUCAUAUUUAAUAUUUCUCGCUCUUAAUAACAGGUAUUUAAGCUGCACUGGUUUAUGUCGCAAAUGAGUUCUGUUCUACUUUGACGAUGUACUUUUACAGUGAGAUAACAGUUUCUAAAAGCAACACUGUGCCAAAAUAUAUGUCAGAAUUAGCCAUUGGACAUUUGUGAUUCUCUUUGUGCUAAAAUAAUUGCUGCGUCGUAGGCUGGAGUAUGGAAAAAAAGAAGCAAACACAGCAGAAUCAGAGGCAAGAUUACUGUUGUUAGGAAUCUGCCUAGACAUUGCUAAUGACCACAAGAACAGCAUGUCAUUGUUAGUAAUGUAUUUUAUGCUAUGGAACUCUUUAACAUGUAGGUAUCAUUUUGACUAUUUCUAGUUGCAUGAAUCAUAAGGAAAACCAAUCAAUCUUAUGGUUUUCAGAUCUAGCCAGUGCUUGUAAGGCUAACCCUUUUCCCCCUGUUAGCAGUUAGACUCAAAACCAGGGAAAAAUCAUUCAUUAUUACUUUGUUGGAAAUCCAGUGUGGUCCAAGUGAUCAAAGUUUUAUACUGACUAGUCAGUGAAAUGUGGGGCUCUUUCCUGGCUCUGAUAAGUCCUCACUGGAUAGCCUUGGGCAAGUUACUGUCUCCAGCCUUAUAUUUCAGAAUAGUCGCCUGCCUCACAUGGUCAUUGAGAAGUUAAUGAGACAGCCAUUGUAAACACUGUGCAUUUGAACAUGCUCUGUUAGCAAGCAAAUGCUCAUUGCCUGCCUUUUUAAAACAUUGGGAACAGCAAGACCUACACGAGAAGUUCUGAUUGCUCCUGUUAUUGUAAUUUACUGCAAAUAACUAGAUUUAUCAGAUACUUCCUUUUGAUACUACGAUGAUAUAUGACCCUUAUAUAAAUUUUUAUAGAGACACAAUAUUCUAGAGUGGUAGAGAUUUAUUUUCCACAGAAAAUAUUCAAGACAAAGUGAGCACAUUUAUUUUAGAAUGAAAUAAUGUUGCUUUUUAAAUAAAAUAAAAUAAAAUCACAAUGACAAAAAAGGUUUGGCCUUGCUCACAAAGUUUUUAUUGUGUUGUAUAAAUGUUAGCAAUUGCAAGAGUGCAUUGCUUGUAUGUAUAAAUUCACAUUCAAUGAUGUCGCCUUCAGAAGCAAUAUUGUGCAGGUAAUAAGCUGUUUGUGACUGUCUAUUUGCACAGUUUACCUAACUUUACAAAGCUAACCCUUAUUUAUGCACAAGACAAUCAAAUGUAAAUCUACAUCCUGGUGUAGAUGGAAUUGAUGUAAAUUACUGAGCACAAUGUAAAACAUUAAAAGACACUUUAUUUAAUUACACAACUAAACUAGUGUUGGAUAAGAUCAUAUCAGGGCAUGAAUGAGUGAGUGGUGUAUUUCUUCCGUUCUUUGUUACUUUUUUAUUUCAAAACACCUUCAAUUUGUUUUCAUAAUUACAUUAUUUUUAAUAUGCAAAAAUAUGGGUUAUCUUGGGUUUUGGAUUUGGCUUUAAAAAAAAAAUGUUUUGGAUUCAUGCCCUGAGGUUAAGUUAGAAAUUACAUGGACUUUUUUUGAAAAGGCUGAGGAUUUGGGGAUAGAUGUUUGUUUUCCUUUGUUUUGUUCUGUUGAUUUUUUUUUCCAAACAGUGUUAAGUGAUAUGGUAGAUGGGUAAUAUUUUUUCAGCCUAAACUAUAUUAAAAUAUGUGAUCACAAAUGUUUUAAACUGUCUGAAGAGAAAAUUUGUAUAUUUGGGAAAAGAAUAUAAUUUUUAUAUAGCUUUUGUAUGCAGAUAUUAAUAUGUAAUUAUGACUAUAGUGAGCAUAGAUUACUGUGUAAGCUUGAAUUCUAAAAAGAAAAAGCUUAUAACCGAACAA